AUGGACGAUUUCGACUUUGACCCCGUUGGUUCCGAGUCCAUGGUCCAAGCGUCUGUUGACGUUUUAGAAGAGAGGUUGGUUUUAAAAACCCCAUUUUUUCUAUCUCUUAAACUAUUUGGAGGAAAAUUGAUCCCAGUGAUGCAAGAAACAACUGAACAACUAUGUGUCAACAACAAAACAACGCACUCGAUUUGCGUUGAAGGUAAAAAUGUCGACACGCCAACCUUUUCAUUGUCUUUUUACCCCAAAAAGCUUCAAAUAUGCCCGAACUCGCAAAAGUUUUUUGCUGUCAUUCUCCAUCCGACGUGUUGUACACACAUCAACACAAAAAUAUCGAUAUAUGUCGACGCUUCAAUUUACUGUGAAUUUGACGUAUCGUUUAAAACACAGCCAUCUCUUUGGGUGAAUCCGGAAUUCGUGAGUGGAUUAUCUGCAGAGAAAGUUAUUGGGAGGGGCGUUUCAUCUGUUGUUUUUGAGGGGAUGUACAACUCACAGAAAAUUGCUAUCAAACGUGUUGUUGGAUCGCCACAGCUUGUCGCAAAGGAGCUCGAACUCCUUGUCAAUUUGCGAAAUCCAUAUUUGGUCCAAUGCUUUGGAAUGUCGUACUUUGAAGGGUCCGUCCACUUCUUAUUGGAACUUGCGCCUUAUGGAGGAUUCGAUACCAAAAUGAAAAUUAUGUCGUAUGAACUGAAAAUGAAAGUACUCCUCGAUGUGCUCAAAGCGAUCCAAUUUCUCCACAAAAACAAUGUGAUACAUCGCGAUAUCAAACCAGCAAAUGUGGUGUUGUUCAACUACAAGAAAUUUAUCGACAUCAACGCCAAAUUGGCGGACUUGGGUUCGGCGACUAUUUAUGAUGAGAAUGUUGGUAUGACUCAUAUAGUCGGAACAGUGUGUUACAUGGCCCCAGAAAUUAUGUCUGGUGGUAAUUAUGGGUUUGAGUGUGACACUUACAGUUUUGGGAUGAUGUUAUAUGAGUCAAUUUCACAACGCGAGUUUUUUUGUGGCAUGUCUAAGGUUGAAAUAAUCAAAUUUGUGCAAGAAGGAAACCGACCAAAAAAGACUUCUGCGAUACCAAGUCAAGUUUUUAGCAUCAUCGAAAAUUGUUGGAAUCAAAACCCAAAAGAAAGAUUAUCGAUUGAACAAUUAAUCAUUCAAAUUAACAAAAUUCGGAACCCAUCAAACGAAAUCAUUACAUCGCACCCAAUCAUCGAAAAGCACGGUUGUGUGUUGUCUGGUCUCUCACCUUCAAUUUCAAUUCACACGAUAUGCAACUCUUUUCUACAAGACUUGGGGAAGAAAGAUACUGAUGAUGGCGUGUACUACGUUGCGACAAAAUUAUAUCGCAAUGGAAAUUAUCAACAAGCUAUAGAAGUUUUACAAAAACGAGGAAGUAAAACGCAUUUGCCUUCUAAAAAGUUGUUAUCGAAACUCUUAAUUAGAAGUGGGCAGAUCGAAGAAGGAGUUGACUUGCUCAUCGACUGUUCUCAGACAGAUGUCCAGUCGCAACUGAAACUCAUUGCACUCAUCAAUGGUGGGUUUGUGUUAACAGACAAACAAAAACUCAGUGUUCUCGAGACACUGUCCUCUCAAGAGAAUAAAGAAGCAACGUUUGCAUUGGCAAUGAAGUGCAUGUAUGAGAGUCCAAAGAACCUCUUAAAGUCCGAGCGCCUUCUUCGUCGUUUGAUGGUUGACCAUUACCCACAAGCUGACCUGCAUCUUGGAAUUGUUUUGUAUAUGAUGCAACAAGACUCUGAAUCGUCGAAAACAGCACUUCAAUUAUUUCAAAGUAGUUCUGUGAGUGGUAAUAUGGACGGUACAAACAAUUGUGGUGUGUUGUAUGCUCUUGGAGCAACAGGAAAAAUUGAGAUGAAAACAGCGAUGACGUUUUUUGAAAAGGCAGCAAUCGGUGGAUGUGGUGCUGCUGAGAACAACAGAGGUGUUUUACUUUUCAAUGGAGAGACUGGGGAAAAAGAUUAUGUUAGUGCUGUUGAAUGUUUCAAGCGUUCUGGGAUGAUGGGGAGUAAAGAGGGGAUGUAUAACUUAGCCGUCUGUUAUUUCAAUGGUGAUGGUGUACCAAUGAACAAUGUAGAAGGUGUCACAUACCUAAAGCAGUCAGCGGCUUUAGGAGAUUCCGAAGCGCAGUGUCUUCUCGCUUCGUGUUAUGAAUAUGGCAAAGGUGUUUCUGUGGAUAAACAACUUUCUCGCUAUUGGACCCAAACAUCUGCUACUAAUGGAAGUAGUGUUGGCAUGUUCAAUGUUGGGUGUUGGUAUCAAGUAGGUGAUGGAGUUGCCCAAGACAGUAAUACUGCAUUCAAGUGGUUUAAAAAAUCUGCAAAAGCUGGAGGAGUGAGUGGGAUGUGUAGUUUAGGGAAAUGUUAUUUUUGUGGAGAAGGUGUUAAAGAGGACAAGUCGAAAGGAGUCAAAUGGUUUUUAAAAGCUUCUGAAAAUGGGAAUGGGACAGCUAUGUAUAACUUAGCCAAUUGUUAUUAUUAUGGAGAUGGAGUAGAGAAGAGUAUAUCAAGUGCUUUACAGUGGAGUGAAAAAGGGAUGGGUGUAGGGUAUAUAAAAGCCGAGUUAAUGUUUGGGAAAUGUUUAUUGCGAUAUUACCAAUUUGAGUUAAGUGUCAACGUCUUUGAAGAUGUUAUAAGUGAUGGAUUAGUCGAAGGAGAAUAUUUACUAGGGGAGUGUUACUUGCAUGGAUGUGGUCUUAAAAAAGAUUUAUUUAAAGCACUUCAAUGCUUUGAAAAAUGCGGGGAGAAAGGGAGAUGUGUUAGCACAAGAGAAAGUUGGGACACUUCUUUACAAUUCAGAUAA